GCUUCUCUGGGGGAGCCCAACGCUCUCCCAGCGCCUGCCGGUUUGGGGGUGUCUCCUCCCGGGGCGCCAUGGCGGCGCUGGCCAGUAGCCUGAUCCGGCAGAAGCGGGAGGUCCGCGAGCCCGGGGGCAGCCGGCCCGUGUCGGCGCAGCGGCGCGUGUGUCCCCGCGGCACCAAGUCCCUUUGCCAGAAGCAGCUCCUCAUCCUGCUGUCCAAGGUGCGACUGUGCGGGGGGCGGACCGCGCGGCCGGACCGUGGCCCCGAGCCUCAGCUCAAAGGCAUCGUCACCAAACUGUUCUGCCGCCAGGGUUUCUACCUCCAGGCAAAUCCCGACGGGAGCAUCCAGGGCACCCCAGAGGACACCAGCUCUUUCACCCACUUUAAUCUGAUCCCCGUGGGGCUCCGUGUGGUCACCAUCCAGAGUGCCAAGCUGGGUCACUACAUGGCCAUGAAUGCUGAGGGGCUGCUCUACAGCUCGCAACAUUUCACAGCUGAGUGUCGCUUUAAGGAGUGUGUCUUUGAGAAUUACUAUGUCCUGUACGCCUCCGCUCUCUACCGUCAGCGCCGUUCUGGCCGGGCCUGGUACCUAGGCUUGGACAAGGAGGGCCGAGUCAUGAAGGGAAAUCGAGUCAAGAAGACCAAGGCAGCUGCCCACUUUGUGCCCAAGCUCCUGGAGGUGGCCAUGUACCGGGAGCCUUCUCUCCACAGUGUCCCUGAGACCUCCCCUUCCAGUCCCCCUGCCCCCUGAAAUGUAGACCCUGGACUGGAGGCUCCUGUACUUGCACUGGUCCAGCCACCACCACAGCCUGUCUCCCAGCCCUGCUCCUGGACCUGCUCUCACCCCAGCUGCCAUACUCAUGCCCUGAGCAGCCAGGUCCCACCAGGUGCUCUACCCUGAGGGAGCCUAGGAACUGCUGAAACACUUAGAUGCUUGGACCUGGGAGGAAGUCAUAGAGGUGGAUGUUUGAAAAUGAUCCUGCCUGAUUGCUUCUUUCCUCCCCACUUACACACCCCCAAAACCUUUUCCUGAGAUGGCGCUGGGGGUUUCCAAUCUGAUAGAACCAGGACACAAAUACUUCUCACCCCAGGCUCAGCCAGUUCCUGGAGCCCUUUUCAUUGCCUUUGAACCAUAGAUUUAUAGGUCUACUGGAGCUCAGGAUUAGUUUCUUUUCCCUACUCUACCUUCUGCCUUGUUCUGGACAGGUUCUGGAACACCAGGCACCCCAGCCAGGGCUAUUUCUCCACUAAGGCUCUGUUCUGGAUCCAUCAGGCUUUCUUGACCCCGAUAGACCCCUGGUUUCCAAGUAGAGAGGUUGGAUUUGAGCCCUGUCCAGCUCUUGGCCUUGGCCUGAACAGGGACCAGUGUCAGAUCACCACAGGUUUAACUUUUUUUAUCCCAGAGACACCCAGUACUAGAGCAUGGUGUUCUAGGCACAUAUGGAGCCAUAUUUCCUUCUGAAUUUCGGGUCUAGAAUAUAGACCAUGAUUCUUCACCCUUCCCUCCAUAUUACUGCUCUAGAAUAAGUUGAAGACCCAUCCUCCUACCUUCUCCAGUGAUACCCAUUAAGAAUAAGCUCUGGAAAGGACGCAGCUUUGAUUCAUAAAGAACUAAGUCCUGGAUGAAUUAAGAACUACUUCUUAUUUUACCUAGAUGAUUUUCUAAAAAUCUUAUUCUUCCUCUAGAAUGCAAACCUUAUUUUUACAUGUAGUUGCUAGCUCCUGCAACUCAGCUGGAGUACAGGGAAAUAAAGUCUGAAGACAGAGGAGUUUUAGAAGGAAUCCUUCCUUGGUUCAUUGUGGGGAAGCUAGGAUAGUGAAGGGGCCAAAGCCAUGACAUAAUUGGACCUGUGCCUGGGUUGGGGGGACAUGAACACUUAGCUACCUCAGCAGGAAUUCCCUCCAGAUCCCUUUUAAAGCUGAGGUAUUUAGGGUAAUGGGUCUAGAAUAAAAAGGACAAAUAUGACAUAGACCUUACAGUGU